GAAUCAGAGAGUAGCCACUAGAAUUGCAAAUGAUAUGAGCUUCAUCAUAGACCAGAACAAGAAGAAGAAGACCAAGCCAGAGUACGACGUGCGGUUUAUUGAGCGUUGGCCGUCGCUAAAGCCCUUCGUCAAUGGCGGACUCGCUGCGUUUCUUCAAGGCUUGACCCUUUAUGUUCCUUUCGCUGCCAUCUACUACUCCCCAUUGUUAUCUCCCAUUCGCCGAAGUCCCAGAUUUCUGGGCUUCAACAUUCUUGCCAAGUCGUGUCCUGAUGGGAUUGUGAUUCGUACUUUAUCUACAAGCCUUCAACUUGGAUUAUUUGAGACUCUAAGAAACAAAGCAAUUGCUAGCAAUGAUGGAAUGGCAUUAACUCUUUAUCAGGAAGCUGCUUGCGGGUUGAUUGCCGGGGGCGGCUGAGGCAUACUUCAGUUUUCCAUUUGUUUCUGCAUGUCUCCCGCAGGUUGAUCCUACGACUUUAUCAGUAGUGCAGCGUGCCAAAUACAGAAACAUAUUUGAUGCUCUCUACUCUAUGAGUGGCAAUAGAAAAAUUUCAGCACUAUGGACAAAUGCUGGUCCUUAUGUGAAGACAAGAAUGGGGACAAAUGAGGGUAUGCUCGCAUCAUAUAAUCCAAGCCUCUGUUAUCUCAGGGACUCAUGUGGUUUAAGCGAAACAAGAGCACAGCUGGGUAAAAAUCCUCUCCUAAUUACUUGAUUUUUCAGGCAUUAAUAGCUUAAUA